AUGACUGGUUAUGUGAUGGGGACUCUCGAUAAGAAAUUUGUGGAGGGAAAUAUCAAAACAUUCGAUGACUUCCAUGGUGCUAUUCUUGAUAUCUUCAAUGAUUGGGAAACAGUUCAAGAUCAGUCGGUAAAGAAGGAAGAGUUUAUUAGGAAUAUGAAGGAAAAAAUAAACCCUGGCAAGCUAGAUGACUCUACCUUGAUCAUUGGGAUAGCAACACCUCCAGCAGCCAUGGCUGCCAAAAGAGCUGGAGAGAAUGUGCCCCAGUUAGGGUUUAUCAAGGCCAUUCCUGAUGUCGUCUUUGUGCCAUCGGCAACGAUAUUAACACUUUUCUUAGCCAAGCUCACGAAAAGGAUGCUACAAGGAAGUACUACAGCAUCUUGA